AUGGCCCAGGCCAAUCUAGCUUCCAAGGACGUGACUACGUUCCUGAGCUUCUUCAGCCAGCUCAGGUUUGAGGCGCUGGGCACGUCCGCCGCUCUGGAUGGCGCCAUCUGCUCGCUCUCUCUGCAUCUCAUGGGCAAAGAGCUGGGCGACGACAGCCUCGUGGCCCGAAGCAGAACUGUGUAUGGGUGGUCUCUCGCAGCUCUUCAGACGGCAUUGAGACACCCCGUCAAGUGGAAGGCGUCCGAGACCUUUUGCUCUGCUGUCCUGCUAUGCUUCUUUGAGCUGUUUGCGGGUACGACUUCGCCGGACACCUGGUUGCAUCACGCUCAAGGAAUCGCCACUCUGAUGGCGCAACGUGGUCCUGCAGCUCAUGCGCAGGGCAACGAUGCAGCCAUACUGUUUUCCUUCCGAGGCAUCUUGAUUAUGAGCUCGCUGUUCUUCCCAACUAGCGACAAAUGCUUCCUAGCCCUGCCAGAAUGGAGGGGAAUGCUCACUUUCCCGUCGCGGUCAAUCUACACUCCCGCAGCGCCAGACUUGACAAGGCCGGUGGUCAAUUCAUUUCUGCUAUGCCUGGCAGACAUGCCCGAGGUCAUGUGGUAUGGCUAUCCCAUCCGCGAGGCUCUCGUAGCCGGCAGACAGGUGAAGCCUAAGCGUAUACAGCACCUGGCCGAACUGACGGCCGCAAACCACGAGCGCUUCACCGCGUGGUAUUACGAGGACUUUCAGAAGCUCGGCGUCACGCCCAAGGAGGUUCCCUCCGAGGACCCCGACUCACCCUAUCCGAUCGUGUUGGAACACCCCGUCGGAUGGCUUGGGACGAUGCUCAUGGGCUACUGGGCCAGCAUGCUUAUUCUGCAGGAGCUCUUGAUUCGGUGCCAGUGGCCGGCGGUGGACUUUCGGGACUCCCAAGGGGAGCUUGUGCAGAACAUUCUCCGGUCCGUCGAGACGAUGGGGAGAGGCAUCAUGGGGCCCUUUCGGCUGGGCUACUCGAUUCGCAUCGUGUAUGAGUUUGCCAAUGCGGAGACGCAGCGAUGGAUCAUUACCAUGCUGGACAAGUUCUCCAAGAGAUAUGCGGCGACGGAUAAGGGGAGCUAUCCGAGUCCGCGCGUGGACGCGCAAGGGUACUCGUGA